UAGAGGGGCCUCCUAGCGCUCUCACUACCGUGAGCUUUCCGUUAUCGCCGGCCGUGUUACGGUGUAACGGGGUGCGCGGCUUUUUUUUAUCCUUCUCUCGCACUCGCUCGCACACUCAUUCACUGUCGUUAUUCAACAGCGGACUUUGUCUAUUCGACACGACUGUUUGUCUGCUCGUGACUCUCGCGCUGUCGUUGCUGUUGUGUGUUCCGUUUCAUUCGUGUACAAAAACCAGCAGUGAGAGUAUUUCAUUUUAUUCCUUCCCCUGUCUUCCUUCGCACGCAGCUCGUUUCAAUACUUUAUCAUCACGUUUCAACUCGAGAAUAAUAUUAUACUCGGAAUCCUGUUCGCGUUGCCUCUCCGACUGCUUUCUCCAUUUAAGUUUUCCCUAAACAUUCACCCACUCGGUGGGUUCCGCGUGCACGCACUUUUCGUUGUCAACUUUCCUUAUCUCUGGUUCUCUAAACGGCUAUCUCUGUACCUCUCACAGCCUCUCCCUUCUUUAUCAACCCUCUCUUGCUCCCGAGCUGGUAGGAUAUCCCCUCCGAUUCAUUGGAAGCUCGCUGACUCACUGACUACGCUACAUCGAACUGGUAGCCGCGUUUACCCUCUCACGAGGAGAACUCGGUGCAUGUGUCUCGUCACGGUGUCAUUGUGAGCAUCGACAGCCACAGCAUCAGAGGCCAACAGCAGCUGGCUUUUUUCAUUGUGUGCGUGGGUGCGUGAGUGCGUUAUCGCGUUCUGGUGUUUGCGUGUGUGCCUCUACAUGUAUAUGUGCGGUGAAAAUCGCGUGGGUGUGUGAGAACAUGCGUACGGGACGUCGAGCAAACGUACUAUCUCAGAAGGACAGAAGUGUUGAUGCCGAAAUUCAAGUCGGGUCGUAUACGACCCUCGGGACUCUCUACGGAAAUUCGUGAGAAAGUGAAAAAGGAACGGAAAUCUAGGUGGGACGUGGUGCAUCAUCAGUGUGUUAUCCGGAAGCAGUCGCUACUUGGUUGUUUAAUGGUUUAACCUCCCAUUCUCCUUCGCUUUUGCUUUUCCAACUCGAUCUUUCGCUGGGACGCUAAGUGAUUCACGCUCAGCCGUCCUUCUCGACGUCUUCUCCUACUCGUCCUUAUUCACAUCUCCGUCAACACAGUCAUCGCGCAUCCUUCAAUAUAUUCUGAAAUCAGUUCUGGCACGUUGAGGCUGCUUCUACAAAUCUCAAGCAUCACAAGAUUAAUGAAAACUGGUUGUGUGCCGUCGAGAGGCCAGCAGAACGGAAAAUCCAAUGACAGUGAUGUCAAUUUUAACCAUGUUAUCGUAAUAAUUAUAAAUGACAAUAUAAACACCGAUUCGACCAAUUACAGUACAAAUAUCAGGGGCAUAAAGAAUUUUAACGACCACGGAAACGGCUACGGCGACAACGAAAAAUUUAUCCGGUAUAAUUACUACCUCGUCGUGUAUUGUCCUCAAAGGGAACACGGUAUAGACCUGGAAUUUUUCGACGUGGAUAAUGACGAUGAUUUUAAUUAUGAUGAUAAUGACGACGAUGGCAGUGACAGUGUGGUGACUUGGCAUGAUGUUCGACUCGGUGGGUGACAGUUAAAGCAGCUAGAAAAAGCCAAAGUAACGAGUCUACCGAGCAAACAAAACCAAACACUCCCAUUUUCCCUCCACGUUUUCUCCUCUCUUUCACUUUGCUCACUUGGAGCGCAACCCUUCUUCUCCCUUUCUCUAUCUGCCUCUCUCUUUCUCUUCGAGUUCACCUGCACUUGCCCGUCCCGUUUUCCAUUCAUGUCGUUGCUGCCCUCGUCAUACGGAGCUGGUUGAUGCUGCGGUCCUCUUUCCCCGACCCUCCCGCACCUUUCCAUAUUCACGCUUUUCGAGAUUUAUAUUUCGCUCAUGUUCUCAUUCACCGUGGUCGUGAUUGAUACAAAGAAGAAGAGGAAAAAAGGAUCUUCAGACUUCGUGAAUUCGGGCCGGCCCAAACGUGUGUCCCGAGGUAACCGUGCUCGCUUCCCGGUGCACAUGGUCGAGUCCAGCUUACGGCAUAGGCAGUCCAUCUAUUCGAAGACCAACAAAUUCAGCACAAAAUCGUCCGGCCCUUACCAGCAUCGUUUCUCCAUCUCGAUGUGUAUAUUAACUCCAGUUUGGAUCCGUCCUCAAACCAAAUAAAUAAAGAAGGCAAAAGUCAAACGACAAAACUGACAACAAUAUAUUCAACGAUCGAGCUUCGCACGGCUAUAUCGCGACAAAACAAAUAUAAAAUAUCAUUACAACUCUAUAGAAAUUAUAUAUAUCUACAUCGAUGUAUAACAAUUACUAAGAAAAAAAUUUUCCUUGCGUCUCCAUUAUUCUUUCAAUUUUCUCGCCGUAGAAACGCAGAAAGAUACAUUUCGAUAAUAAAUAAACGAAAAAAUAAAGGUGAGAGUAAAAAUAGCCGUCCAUCGUGCGUCCACAGAGUGUGUCCGUCACACAAAGACAUAUUCCCAAAAAGGAUUAAGGAAAAGCGCGAAAAGGAGAGGGAGAGAAGAAGAGAGCAAUAGAGAGAAAGAGAGAGCGUGCUUGAGCGUGUAUGUGUGCGUUUGCGUGUGCGUGCAUUGGGUGUGUGUAAAACGGGGUGGGUGGAUGUGAAAGCGAGCAUAUGAGUGCUAACAGCUAAAUCAUCGGUGACAGAAGAUGUGAGAAAAAAAAAUAUUUACAAAUAUAGUGAGAGCGAGGGCGAUCUAGAGGCGGCGAAACAGCUUGCCUCCCCGUAUCCUCGGUUUUUCUUGACAGUAAGCGUGACCAAAGCAACAAGAGCAGCCGCCCCCAUGCAACAUGCAGAUGAUCCUGGUUGCCGGCGGAUCGCUGCCGAAGCUCAGCAGCCAGGACGAGGAUGGUCCGAACACUCACACCCAAUACACAGGCGUCACACACUUCGAGCCGAUACCACACGAUCAUGGCUUCUGUGGAAGAGUCACCAUCAACGUGAGCGGGUUACGGUUUGAGACACAACUACGCACGUUGAACCAGUUUCCGGACACGCUACUCGGCGAUCCGGCACGGCGAAUUCGAUACUUCGAUCCGUUACGCAACGAAUAUUUCUUCGAUAGGAAUCGGCCAUCCUUCGAUGCGAUACUUUACUAUUACCAAAGCGGUGGCCGGCUCCGUCGUCCCGUCAACGUACCGCUUGAUGUCUUUUCUGAGGAGAUCAAGUUUUACGAGUUGGGGGAGCUGGCCACCAAUAAGUUCAGGGAGGACGAAGGAUUCAUCAAGGAGGAAGAGAAGCCGCUACCAUCGCAUGAGAUGCAGAGAAAAGUAUGGCUACUUUUCGAGUAUCCGGAGAGCUCGCAAGGAGCGAGGGUUGUCGCAAUCAUCUCCGUAUUCGUGAUCCUACUCUCGAUCGUGAUAUUCUGCCUGGAGACUCUGCCCGAGUUCAAGCAUUACAAAGUGUUCAACACUACGACGAACGGCACGAAGAUAGAAGAGGAUGAAGUGCCGGACAUUACCGACCCGUUCUUCCUAAUAGAGACUAUUUGUAUCAUCUGGUUCACGUUCGAGUUAUCGGUGCGCUUCCUCGCCUGCCCAAAUAAGCUUAAUUUCUUCCGUGACCUUAUGAACUUCAUCGACAUCAUCGCGAUCAUUCCGUACUUCAUAACAUUAGGCACGGUGAUUGCCGGAAAGGAUAAUCAGCUAGAUCUGCCGAAGGCUCCGGUUAGCCCUCAGGACAAGAGUACCAAUCAGGCAAUGUCCCUAGCGAUAUUAAGGGUCAUCAGAUUGGUCAGGGUGUUCCGAAUAUUUAAGUUGUCCAGGCACAGUAAAGGCCUUCAAAUUCUUGGCCGAACGUUAAAGGCCUCCAUGAGAGAGCUCGGUCUGCUCAUCUUUUUCCUCUUCAUCGGUGUGGUGCUAUUCUCAUCGGCGGUUUACUUCGCGGAGGCCGGCUCCGAGAAUUCGUUCUUCAAGUCCAUUCCGGAUGCGUUCUGGUGGGCCGUUGUCACGAUGACGACCGUGGGCUAUGGUGACAUGACGCCCGUGGGAGUCUGGGGAAAGAUUGUCGGCUCGCUGUGCGCCAUUGCUGGUGUCCUGACGAUCGCCCUUCCCGUACCAGUUAUCGUCUCAAAUUUCAAUUACUUCUAUCACCGUGAGACUGACCAGGAAGAGAUGCAGUCGCAGAACUUUAAUCACGUGACCAGCUGCCCGUAUCUCCCUGGCACUAUAGGUCAACACAUGAAGAAGAGCUCGCUAUCAGAAUCGUCGUCUGACAUAGUCGAGCUCGGGGAGGGUAUCCUGAUGACCCAACAGGAGGGUACGAAAAAACCUAACUGCAAUUCCCGCCACAACAAUAACAUCAACCCAGCCAGCGUGAGCAUUGAGACUGACGUCUGACUACUAGUAAAGGAGACGGUGGCAGCGUGGCGACCAGUGCUGGGCAUAGUGUUGAAGAGCAUCAGCGGCUCCCUGCGUUAUCACGUGGCGUAGGACUACAGUUCCGCAAUUUUGAUCGCUUCAACGUAAAAAAAAGUUAACAGCAAAAUAAAACAACACGAACGAACGAAAGAACAACGGAAAAAUAUUGAAAAAAGAAGAUUAAAGAACAUAACUCGAGAAAACCUAACAACGGAAUAGCUAUGGCAAAAGAAUGUGUGAUUCGGAUAUCGGGAAUGGGAUGAGUGGGUCGAUCGUAAGAGAGAAGCGAAAGAGAGAGAGAGAGAGAGAGAGAGAAAGGGAAAGAACGAGUGAGAAGAGGAGCAGGCAGAGAAGUUCGAAAAAAAUCUAAAGUCUGUCCGUUAAUGGUUUGCGAGGGGUGUGCAGUCGUGUCUCGUGUCGAACUGAAACUCGCGACAAAAAGAAAACACAACAUAUUAUAUAAAUAUAUAUAUAUAUAUAUGUAUUUACAAAAGCGAGGCCAAUUGGAGGGAGUGAAGAGAAUCGCUUUGGAAGAGUGUCUCGUUUUUUGAUACAGCGCACCCCGAGCAUAUCGGGAUCUAUGAGUAAAAAUACGAGUAUAUGUAUAUGUAUAUACAUAUAUGUAUCAAUAUAUAUGCGUAUAUGUAAAUAAACACAUGUAUAUGUAUAUAUCUAUACAUAAAUACAUGCGUAUGCAUACUUUUGAACGAAUAUAUAUAUAAAGAUAUAAAUAAAAUGCCGCUAUUCGCGCCCCACACCACCGACUCCAGUGUUCAAAUCGCAUCUCCGUAGCGCCGUUCUCCCGUCGACGAAACAGUGAGAUUGAAAGCGUCCCGUGUGUGUGAGGACGCGCGUGUGUGCGUGUGCGUGUCUGUGUGUGCUUGUGCGUUGAGUACAUGGGGAUAAAAAAGAGGGAAAAAAUGAGAGUGAGAAAGAGAGUUGUACAUAUACAUGAUAAAAAUGCAGGUGUACCCGUAUAUAUACGUUGAAAGUAUGUAUAUAUACAGAUGUAUACGCGUGCGUCUAGCUGACGGAAGUAAAAACUGAAAAAAGAGAAAUGAAAAAAACUCAAAGUACCGGCUGGUACGGAAAAUUACGCAGUAAGCGGGAGAAGAGAACGGAAGCAAGGCUCGGGAGAGAAAAAAAAAGAGCGCGAACAAGAGUGUGCGGGAGAGGGGUGAGGGGAGAGGAGGAGUUGGAGUUAAAAAAAUCGGAAAAUGGUUGGGGAGUUGGAGGGAGCUCCGGCGUGCCUCGGGGAUCAUACCAGAUAAUACUAAUUAUUGUAACUAAUAAUUAAUCGACUACGUAAUGCGAUGUUAUGGAAAAAGUCGCAAUGGGACAUAGAACGGUAAUGGAAAACGAGAGGAAACGAAAAAAAAAGGAGACAGAAAGUCCUAAACAUGGUGAGAAUUAAGAUCGAUCAAGCAACAAUGUAACGUAAAUGAUCAAUCGGUCGAUCGGGUCGAAACGUCGAUGGAAAAAAAAAACGAUAAAAGAUACAACAACAAAUAACCAAACAAACAAAAUAAAUACAAACAAAAAAUAAGGGUGGAAAGUUUUUUAAACGAGUCGUUUUUACGCAGAUAUAGACGCCGUACACGGUCCGUCUUAAAUGUUGCAAUUAAGUCAUAUAUGUAUGAUGAUAUACAUGUACAUAAUCAUGUACAAGUUUCUGAAACAAAAGUGGCGUAAGUGUAUGGUCGUACGCGCACGUGUAAGUGUAAAUAAUAAUUUAUCGCGGUGGAAAGGAAAAAAGGUUGAACAAAUAUCUCGUCGUGGGCAUAUGUGGGUAUAUAUAUAAAUAUAUAUAAAAAAAUAUAUAUAUAUUUAUCUAUAUAUUAAUGCAUACCUUGAUGUGUAUAUAUGUUUACGUACACGCACGUCCGGAAACGAGAGCCACUCGUGGUUAUUGCUAAUGCUAAAAUCAUGUAUUGCAUAGAACGUGUUUAAUUUUAAUUUUAAUUAUUAUUGCUGUUGUUGUUAUUGGGGUUACCAUUAUCAUUGUUGUUAUUAUAUUUCAUUAUGUGUAUACAACUUUGUUUAUAAUUUCGAUUAUUACAAUGACGACAUCUAUUAUAUAUUAUCUCUUUUUUUUUUUAUUAUUUUUUAAUAUAUUAUGUUACAUUGUAUGAUUUGAUUUUAGAUUAUUAUCAUUAUUAUUAUUAUUAAUAUUAUGGCUAAUCAUCCAUAAAAGAACGUUGGUAUAAAAAAACUCGAUGAAUCACGCAAUUUUUGGCAAAAUGGAAACCGAGCGUUAAGUGCAAAACAAAGAAUGAGGCUUAACGUCAUCAGUCGAAAAAGUGAGGAUCUAAGUCGUGGGCCACCAUAUGUGUUGACUCCAGGCUGUUGAAACAAAAUUUUUUUUCGAUUUAAAGAUCGUACAACUUCUAAUAAACUUGAGUUUUGCCAUUCGAAGUAGUACGCUCUCCGAGUUUAUUCUUUUUGGUCACUGGAUGACGACACACAAUACAUCCAAAAAUUGAAUACGUCUCACUCGCUAUUUUAAUGAUUCGACACCUAUGUAUGUAUUAUUAAACUCAGAAUUUACUUGUGGAAACAAGAUAUGAAGGGAUUAGCUUGAAUAAUGUUGACAAAAUUAAUUUGUAAAUAGUAGGGAAAUAAUGGUUCUCCGGAAUACCAUCUCCCUACUUGGUUUAAAUUUUUUUUGCUAUUUUUACAUAAAGCGGUAACUACUCGAUUCGCCAAUUUUUAUUCUGUUGGAAUCGUUUCCAUUAAUUACUAUUCACAAGUCUACUGUGACGAUAGCCAGAUUGAGAAAAUUUAUGAUUUCGCGUUGGAAAAGAAUGAAAAAAAAAAAAAAAACACAAAUAUUCACACUGUCAGUGGAAGGGAGAAGCGAUAAUUACAAAAUGACAAAAAAGUCAAGAGUUAGGACCAAAAAUUGGAGAGAGUCAAGGACAUCGUCAGAUUUGAGAAAAUUACGAGAUGGUGAAAAAGGAAAUGAGUGGAAAGCUGACCCUUCAAUUGUUAAUGGAAAGAGGGAUUUUGCGUCAAAGCUUCGUAUUUAUAAAGAAUCUAAAUUUUGAAGUUCCUUCACAUCUGUACGACAUUUAAAUCAAGUUCGAUAUCAGACGAGCAUUUUUCCUAUUCGUUUCAACGGGCCGAGUUGAUUCCGCGAUUUUUUUUCUUACAUAAUAAAUUUUUAAAAAUUUGUACAAAAAUGUUUGCUUUUACGUUGGCUCUUCUUGAAACGAAUGAUAAAAAUAUUCAGUCCGGAUGCCGAGCGUGAGCACACCAAUACAAACGAUUAAGUUUCUUAGCUUUAACAACCUGGCAUAUGACUAAGAAAGUCCUUCGUAUUCCAGUGACGUUUUGAAGGUCGAGCGACCGCUACUAUAAAGAAAAAUCCGAAUAGUGGAGUCGAACAGAGAGUGAAAACGAAAGAGAUUCCGGAAAGAAAAAAUGGGUUCUUUAAAUCGGGACGUGGACCGGGCAUAGCUCGUGUGAGAGCACCAUACAAUGUCCCAUUCUACAUCCCCGCAUCCCGGUGUCCCCUCGCGCUCGCACAUCUCAAAAAAUAAGAAAGAAAACAAAAAAAAAGCAGUAGAAUCCAGAGCGUUGCUCUUAAAGUCUCGAACAUAACUGGCCGACGAAUUUCGGGUGGUUCGCGAAAUUCGAGAACAGGGGAAGGGAAAAAUAACGAAAAAGAAAAAAAAACAUAAAAGACACGUCACAGUCGAAUACUAUGCCGAACACCGGAGUUUCGAGAGGAUUUUUCGCUACUGCGGAAUACACUCGUCAUUCGUCCAAAGAACUCCCCGUGAUAUUUCAAGUAUACAUUUAAUGAAGUAAUAAAAAGAAAAAAAAAUGAAAAAAAGAUACUCAAACGUAUAUAUUCUAAUUAGAUAUGCGGAUGUAAGCAAAGUUUAUGCAUUUCUUCUUUGCGUAGAAACAAAGCGCGUGUAAGUUUUUUGGAUUACCAAUCAGAGUUGAGGAACGAAAAAAAAAACGGCAAAAAUGAAAAUGAAAGGAACAUAAUAAAGUAAUAAUAACGUCCUCAGCUAUUGCAACACAAUUUUUUCGAUGAUAAUGCAAAAAAAUAAGAAAGACAAAAAAGUAGCAUACGAAGACACAGCCACACAUACGAAAUAAGAUAAAGGCAAAAAUAUUCUCGCCCGGACAUGAAAAAGUCCGAUCGUCCAUUCGUCGAUGAAUUUCAAGUAAAAUUAUACGACAAGAAAAA